CACCGGCGGGUGUGAGGGAGAUAGGCAGAGCGAGGUGCGAUCGCGAGGAGACGUUGCAUAACAAAGGCAAGUCGACUCCAGAGAAAAACAAAUUUUCUGAUCCUUUUUGCAGUAUGCUGCUUAACGAGAAACGUUGCCAAGUUCAAUGCAUUCUAAAUAUCGCCGGACAACACUCCUUAAAAGAGAGGUUGCGCAGGACCACGCCCCGCCGGCUGGAUUUUGGGCGCAAGAUAAAAUCGCCACAUGUGGCCUCCACAAAGGGAACCCUCUCUGUCCCACCAAUGAUGGGCUGUUUUCCCCAUGAAUCGCUAGACCAACAGACCUACACCGGAUCUUGA